GGUAAUGGGCCAGGUCAGACGCGGCCACACGGAGAGCUGCCUCAACAAGCAGCAGGUCCUCACGGCCAUCCGCCAGUUGCAGCAGCUGCUGAAGGUCCAGGAGACCCGCUUCGCCGAGGGGCUCCGCAACGUGAGGAGCCGGCUGGCUGCGCUCCAGAGCUCUGCCAACAGAGUGGGUCCCGACAGCCCCCCAGUUUCCUGCCCCGCUCUGAACGCCCCUCGAGACGGCAGGAAGUUUGGAAGCAAGUACUUAGUGGAUCACGAAGUCCAUUUUACCUGCGACCCCGGGUUCCAGCUGGUGGGGCCUAGCAGUGUGGUGUGUCUUCCCAACAGCACCUGGACCGGGGAGCAGCCCCACUGCAGAGAUAUCAGCGAGUGCGCCAGCCAGCCUUGCCAGCAUGGCGGGACGUGUUUAGAAGGAGUCAACCAGUACACGUGCAUCUGCCCUCCAGGAAGGACCGGGAGCCGCUGCCAGCACCAGGCCCAGACUGCCGCCCCCGAGCGCCAGGCGGACGACCCCGCCUUCAGCCGCGCGCCGCGCUGCGCGCAGGUGGAGAGGACCCGGCACUGCAGCUGCGAGGCGGGUUUCCAGCUGAGCGGCACGGCGGGCGGCGACAGCGUCUGCCAGGAUGUGAAUGAGUGUGAGCUCUACGGGCAGGAGGGGCGCCCCCGACUCUGCAUGCACACUUGCGUGAAUACACCUGGCUCCUACCGCUGUGCCUGCCCCAGUGGGUACCGGACCCUGCCCGACAGGAAGAGCUGUGAGGGUGAGUGGACCUGCACGAGGCAGGUGCUGCGGGCUCUAGGCACCUGUGGUGAGGGGCCCAGUGGCUGGGAGAGUCAAUGUGAGCGCAUGGCCAUGGCCUCGGUGCCCGGCCGACCUGGACCCAACAGCCUGCGGUUUGGCAUCGUUGGUGGGAACAGCCGUGGCCACUUCGUGAUGCAGCGCGCAGACCGCCAGACAGGGGAGCUGAUCCUCGUCCAGCCCCUGGAGGGGCCGCAGACACUGGAGGUGGACGUUGACAUGUCAGAAUACCUAGACCGCUCCUUCCAGGCUAACCACGUGUCCAAGGUCACCAUCUUUGUGUCCCCAUACGACUUCUAAGGGUGCUUGAGCGUGGGCUGUGGAGAUCUGGGCUCACGUCUCUUCAAAGCCUCGGCUGUGGGCAUGACUGCGAGACACUGGCCCCACUGCCCACCUGCUCACCUGCCUAUGUCCCGGGCAGCGCUGCACGCUGCCCACAGAGUCGCACAGAAGGGCAACCACAAAACCCAAACUGCUGCCAUCGCUUCUGUUUUCUGCUUUAAGGUUGUUCCCUUUGAUUAUGCACUAAUUUUCUGAAAUCUCUCUUCCAGGGGAAUGGGCAGCUUUUGAAAAUGCUGUGUGAAUGGCACUGUGGGUCUGAACUAGCUGGGGAGGGGAGACUCAUGUCUGCUGAGGUGGUUGCGAGUCCUGAAUUAUGACAGUCACACUGAGGGUCAAACUGUGCCCUGUGUGCGUGACACGGGGUGGGUCCUUGGCCACCACCCAGUGUUCUGCUGUUGUCCGUGUCCCCUCUGUGACAUGCCUGCCAGCUUUCUCACCAGAGAGGGAUGCAGGGCCCGGGACCCCCACACUGAUUCUUCUAGACCAAGAGACCACCAUUAAAGAGUAGAUUCUGCCUGAAUUAAUUCCUUUUGAGAAAUCGUAUCUCAAAACAUAACCUGGUUUUCUAACUGAGUAAGUAAAGCCUUUUGCUUCUCCCUGCCCACCUGGCCUGCCCCUGAACAUGAGCUGGCCCCGUUCCUUGUAGGAGGGAACCUCUAGCUCUCUUUCUAUCUGGUCGCACCCACUAAGAUGAAUGAUUUAGAAAGAACACACAGGUGAAUGUGGGGUUGCUCCCCCAGGGGAAAGCUGGCCUGGCCACAUGGGAGAUGGGUCAGCAACACUUGGCUGGGGGGAGUUUAAGAAGGUGCUUGAAUUCCAUUGAUCCCAGGCCUUCUGCUUCUGAUGGAAGAGUCAGGGGGAGAUUCCUCCAGUGACAGGCUAGGGGACGGGGCGUGGGGCAGGAUAGGGUGGGAGACACCAUUCAGGUUAAAACUUAGAAGUUGGCUGAGCUCUGAGGAGGUUACAAUAUCCAAAUACACAUUAAUCUAGGUGAGAUUUCAUCACAGGUGCGUUAUUCAAAAACACUUUGUAUUUGCCUUGGUCUGAGAUGGAGCCAGAGGACGUAUGUUGCCAGGUGAGUGGUCCAUCCCACAUCAGGAUGUUUCUGGGACACUAUCCUUGUCUUCAUUUGUCAGACGAAGAGUGAGUGAUGUUUUUCUCCUCCCGUGGGUUUAGCUGUCAUCUCUGCCACCGCAGAGCCAGGGCCUGCAGAUCUGCUUCCCAGGUUGUUACAAGAACUAUUGAAACUGUUACCCAAGCCUUGUAUUUUCCAAGUGGUGCUGUGACAGGUCAGAAGCCUGCAUGUCACUCAGGCCCCUGGGCGGCACACCAGGUGGGAGAGCCCAAGGGCCUGACCGCAUUCCUGAAAUUGAGGUGUCACCGCGGUGUGCUUCUGUUCCUUGCCGGGGCAGGGGUGGGUGCAGGUGAGGCGCGUGGAGGCUCCCCAGGACUGGAUGCUCCCGACCUGCACUGUGUGACGAUGACCUGAUGACUUGGAUGCCACACAGGCCGGUCUAAAGCAGUGGUUUGCAUCCCGAGAUCUGCCCUCGCAGAACCACAUAGCGUGCCGGCUGCUCGGGCCCUCCUGUGGAUCAUGCCUGGGCCUUCCUGGGAUAAUGCCUGACGUUCUCUCUUCUCUCUCACCUCACGUUCUCUGUGGAAGCCAACUCUCCUUUGUCCCUUCACAACCUGUGCCAGGCCAGAGUAGCUAACAGUUCCAGCAAUAAUUUGUACCCCUUUCCAAGAGACGUCGUUUCCUAGUAUUUGGCAGUGGGGUUUUUAAACCUUGUAUCAUGCACAGUUGCCAACGCGUACAGAAGCAGAGAGACUCGUGUCAUGAGUCCAUGUCCGAAUCACCAGCCUCAGUGAUUAACACACAGUCAGUCUCUUCCAUCUCUACUCUCACGCCUACCCCCCAAUGAUGAUUCUGAGGCAGACCCUGGACAUCACUCGUAGCAUUUCAUCUGUAAGUGUUCCAGCAUGUCUUUCUAAACCCUACGUACUUUUAACAAAGCACAACUUCAAUUCCAGUCAUACCUAAAAGUUAGCAAUACUUCCUUAAUGCCUUCAAAUAUUUCUGAAUGGCCCAUGAUUUUCUGUUUAUUUGAAUUGGGUCCAUGAUUUAUAAUUUGUUGAUAUGCCUCCUCAGUCUCCUUGCAUCUGUACAUCUUAGCAUAUGUUUGGAGAACCUGGAGGCCUAUUAGAAGACAGUGGACUGGGUCAUUUGUCCUGUAGAAUUUCUCACAGUCUGGGUUUUCUUGGUUGCAUCUCUGUUACGUCUGUUAACGUGUUCCUCUGUCCUGUUUUU